UUAGUGAAGCAAGCAACACAAUAAAAAAAAAAAGAAAGAAACAAAAGAAAGAGAAGCAAAUGCAGAGAAGCCCCUUAAACCUCUCCUUCGUUACACCCUAGUACUAAUAUUACUCUCCUCUCUCUCUUUCUGCCUCGUUCAACAAGCCAACGUUCCCCCUUAUUUUCAUUUUAUAUGUUUAUUGAUUGAAACAAAUACACACAAAAAUGGCCUCAAGAGCUAUUCUCAGAAGGAAGAGGUUCGUCGAUCAAUACCUUAACGCUUCUUCCACCUUGAUUCCGAGCUCAAACUCUCUUCUCCGUCGUGGAACCGCCACACAGGAUCUAACCUCUCCUCCUUCUGCUCCUCCCUCUGACAAUCCUCAUGGCGCUACUUCCCCGUCGUUUCCAAGUGUGGAGCCUCUCUACUUCUCUCGAUUGGGAUUCCGACCCUACGCGCGGAGCUUCUCCAUUUCCAGAGAUUUCGCUUCCGAAUUCAAUGCGCCCAUGGGGAUGAGGUGGAUGACCGCGUCCCAAUCGCUGCGCCGCGUUUCCACCGCCACUGCGAAGCAGCCGGACGAUGACAACGAACGGAACGAGGAGAUGGUUGCCAAGAAGAGGAAGGAGGCUUCCCCCGAGGAGUGCGAUCAGGCCGUCGAAGGAUUAACCACCGUGAAAGCGAAGGCGAAGGCGAAACGGCAGCAGGAGUCUCAGAAGGAUUCGCAGUCCAUUUUACAGAGAGUUUGGGCGACAUUUCUAGGGAUUGGUCCUGCGUUAAGAGCUGUUGCAUCCAUGAGCAGGGAGGACUGGGCUAAGAAACUGGUUCACUGGAAGACAGAAUUCGUCUCAACGUUGCAGCAUUAUUGGCUGGGUUUUAAGCUGCUCUGGGUGGAUGUGAGGAUCAGUUCAAGGCUGUUGCUGAAGCUUGCUGGUGGGAAGAGUCUCACUAGGAGGGAAAGGCAGCAGCUCACGCGGACUACUGCCGAUAUCUUUAGGCUUGUCCCGUUUGCUGUUUUCAUUAUAGUUCCCUUCAUGGAAUUCCUCCUGCCUGUGGCUUUGAAACUUUUCCCGAACAUGUUGCCAUCAACAUUUCAAGACAAAAUGAAAGAACAGGAAGCAUUGAAAAGGAGACUCAAGGCAAGAAUAGAAUAUGCAAGAUUCCUCCAGGAUACAGUCAAAGAAAUGGCAAAAGAAGUUCAAAACUCUCGUAGUGGAGAGAUAAAGAAAACAGCAGAAGAUCUUGAUGAAUUCUUAAACUUGAUUAGAAGAGGUUCGCGUGUCUCCAAUGAGGAAAUUUUGGGAUUUGCUAAGUUGUUUAACGAUGAACUAACUCUAGACAAUAUAAGCAGGCCACGUUUAGUCAAUAUGUGCAAAUACAUGGGGAUUAGUCCUUUUGGAACUGAUGCAUACUUGCGAUAUAUGCUACGAAAACGUUUACAGCGGAUUAAGGAAGACGAUAGAUUGAUUCAAGCAGAAGGCGUGGAUUCUCUUUCGGAAGCUGAACUACGGGAAGAUUGUAGAGAGAGAGGCAUGCUUGGGUUGCUUUCUGUUGAAGAAAUGCGCCAACAGCUUCGAGAUUGGUUGGACCUAUCUCUGAAUCACUCUGUACCGUCAUCUCUUUUGAUACUUUCUAGGGCAUUUACCGUGUCUGGGAAGUUGAAGCCAGAAGAAGCUGUGCAGGCUACGCUUUCUUCUCUGCCUGACGAAGUUGUUGAUACUGUUGGCAUUACUUCUUUACCCUCUGAGGAUUCUGUCUCAGAGAGGAGGAGGAAAUUGGAGUUCCUUGAAAUGCAGGAAGAACUUAUUAAGGAGGAGGAGGAGAGAGAGGAAGUGGAGCAAGCAAGGAAGGAUAUUAAUACUCGCGAGGAUGAUAAGGCCUUGAAAGAGAUGAAUAUUUCAUCUGCCAAGGAAGCACAUCAACUUGCCAGAGCUAGAGCAUUAGAAAACAAAGAGCAGUUGUGUGAACUUAGUCGUGCAUUAGCUGUUUUAGCAUCUGCGUCGUCUGUAAGUACGGAGCGUGAAGAUUUUCUAAGGCUUGUUAACAAAGAGAUAGAACUUUAUAACAGUGUGGUGGAGAAGGAGGGUACAGAUAGUGAAAAAGAGGCCUUUAAAGCUUAUAAAGCCGCCCGAGAGGAAGAUGAGCAUGAUAAAGAAUCAGGUGAAGGGGAUAGUGUGUCAUCAGCACUCAUAGAGAGAGUCGAUGCUAUGCUCCAUAAUCUUGAGAAGGAAAUAGAUGAUGUGGAUGCCAAAAUUGGUGACCGGUGGAGGCUUUUGGACAGGGAUUAUGACGGGAAAGUAACUCCUGAGGAGGUAGCAUCUGCUGCAAUGUACUUGAAGGAUACAUUGGGCAAGGAGGGUAUACAAGAACUCAUCAGCAGUCUUUCCAAAGAUAAAGAAGGGAAAAUACUUGUGGAGGACAUUGUUAAAUUGGGCGGUUGGAGAGAAGAUGGAGAUGGUCAUGCAGCUGAAGAGGGGAGAAUGUAGAGUUUGAGCACCUGAUACGCUCUCAUUAGUUAUUUCAUGCUACAGGAAAAGGAGAAAAACUUAUCUAGGCACAAAUAUAUUUUAGGCAAUUCGAAUCUUAUAGCCAUUAAUUUUUGUAUUGAUGUAUUCAUAAUUAGUUUUAUGUGUAGCGGCAGCACUCGGAUGGAUAUAUAUGAAGUGUGUGCAGGCUCUGUAAAUUUUUGACAGCUGAUCACACUUACAUUCACACAUAUGAUACAAUCUCAAUAUGACCUUUAAGUUUUGGGUUUUUGGCUAUUGGGAUGAAUAUUGAAAAAUUAAUCCGCUAAAUAAUAGCGAAAUUUAUUGACACUUCA